CCCCACAAUGCCAGGCGGGGGAGCCCCUUUCUCAGCAACACACCACAGCAUCACCGCCGCGCCUCGCUGAAAAAGGCCAGACAGGAGAGAAAUGCAAAGGGAUGUAAGAUGGCAGAGCUACAAAUGCUAUUAGAGGAGGAAAUCCCUGCCGGUAAAAGAGCGCUCGUGGAAAGCUACCAGAAUCUGUCCCGGGUGGCGGAAUACUGUGAAAACAAUUAUGUUCAGGCUCAAGACAAGAAGAAGGCCUUGGAGGAGACCAAAGCCUACACCACCCAGUCUCUGGCCAGUGUGGCUUACCAGAUCAAUGCCUUAGCAAACAAUGUGCUGCAGUUGCUGGAUAUUCAGGCCUCGCAGCUGCGCCGCAUGGAGUCCUCUAUCAACCACAUCUCUCAGACGGUGGACAUUCAUAAGGAGAAGGUGGCGCGUCGAGAAAUUGGCAUCCUGACCACGAAUAAGAACACUUCUCGCACUCACAAGAUCAUCGCCCCGGGCAACAUGGAGCGGCCGGUGCGCUACAUUCGAAAGCCCAUCGACUACACGCUGCUGGAUGAUGUGGGACACGGCGUCAAGUGGCUUAAGGCCAAGCAACAUGGAAACAAUGCAGCGGGAAGAGGAGGGACCAUUUCCAGAACCAACCCGCCCACGCAAAAACCUCCGAGCCCCCCCAUGGCUGGUCGUGGCACCCUGGGGCGCAACACUCCCUACAAGACACUAGAGCCUGUGAAGCCUCCAGUGGUGCCCAAUGACUACAUGACUAGCCCGGCCCGACUGGGCAGCCAGCACAGCCCUGCACGCACAGCUUCCCUCAACCAGAGGCCCAGGACACACAGUGGCAGCAGUGGUGGCAGCGGCGGCAGGGAGAACAGCGGAGGCAGUGGAGUUGGUGUCCCUCUAGCAGUUCCCACCCCCUCUCCUCCCAGUAUGGGCCAAGUGGCGACUUCUGCAGCCUCCGUGCCCCAGGGCCCCGGCCUGGGCCCCAUCCCCAUGUCCCAGUUUGGCACCAUCUCCCGCCAGAUCUCCCGCCACAACUCCACCACCUCCUCGGCCUCUAUGGUUUCGGCCACCGGCACCUACCGCCGUGCACCCUCCGUCUCCUCCCAGCAGCCCCACAUCAACGGGGGCCCCACAUACCAACAGAACUCAGUGUCUGUGGCUCCUCCGCCUCCUCCUCCCAUGGUCCAGCUGACCCCACAGAUCCCUCUGACCGGCUUUGUGGCCAGAAUGCAGGAGAGCAUAACAGACAGCCCUGCCCCACCUCCUCCACCUCCCCCAGAAGACAUGGGUGUGUUUGAAGAGCCCGCUCCCCCGCCCCCUCCUCCACCUGUGGACUACGAGGAAGAGGAUGCUGCUGUGGUUCACUACAGUGACCCAUACGCUGACGGAGACCCCAACUGGGCCCCCAAGGCUUAUUUAGAGAAAGUCGUGGCCAUCUACGACUACAGCAAGGACAAGGAGGACGAGCUGUCCUUCAUGGAAGGCGCCAUCAUCUACAUAAUCAAGAAGAACGAUGACGGCUGGUUCGAGGGCGUCUGCAACGGCGUCACCGGGCUCUUCCCCGGAAACUACGUGGAGUCAAUCAUGCACUAUGCUGACUAGAAAACAACAGAUGAUGGCACUGCAGUUUGAGCAGAGAUGGAAGCGUACAGACGUCACACAGGGGUGUGCGGUGAGGAGACAGCAGUUCAUACAGCUCCCGUUUUUAAUGAAGUGCCAUGGUGAAUUACUAAAUGUUUUUUUUUUUUUAAUUUAGGGGUGAGUGUGGCUUGUGCUUGCAAAAAAAAAAAGAAAAAAAACGGAGAGUUGCUGAAGCUUUUACAAAGCCAGGGUCUGUUAGUUUACACUGGGGACAAAAGGGAGGAGAUAAAGGCCUUUUUUUUCUAGCACUGUCACAUCUUUGGAACGCAGCAAUCACAUUUUGCCUCUCGAGAAAUUAUAUGAAUCAGAUUUGUUUCAAAGAGUACGUAAGUAAAUGUAGUGUUAAUUUGUGUAUGUGGACCAAAACAGUUAUUUCCAGUAUGCAGUACAUUCAGACGGUGAAUAGUCACAGAAGACGUGAGGCAGAUGCUCCGACCCAUUUAUUUGCACUGUAGACCAUCAGACCAACUCUUCCCCGCUUUCACAAAACAUCUAAAAGAACUGAAAAGUGCAUCAGGACACGACUGAAUGUUCCACGAUGUCUGUGUCAGAAUCACGGGGUGUUCAAAAGUCAACCGUGUGUUCACUCUGUGUCGGUGGAGACGCUGUUAAAAAGGGUGAAGCCAGUGUAUAGAAUGCAUUUACAACAACAUCAUCAACAACAACAACAAAAAAAAGAAACAGUUUAUUCUUUCUGGUGGAGUUUUUUUUUCUGUUCUCUAACUUGUAUAUAAACCGUAACGUGAGACGCUGCCAGUUACUGUACAUUUGUGUGAUUCACCAGUGUUUCCAUCGGCGUCAGUGGAGGAGGUGCCAAGAAUGGAUGUGUUCUGUUUUUACAUUUUAGUUUGUUUGUUUUUUUUUGGCUUGAACAUUAAUUUUAUUCAUGACUCACCGUGCCAUUUUAACUUUAUCUAGGCAAAGUGCAUAAACGUUUAUUUUUCUAGGUUGAGGCACAACUGUAUCAUUUCAUUGUCGCUAUAUCAAGUGAUGCUGUCCAGCUACUGUAGCAGAGCUCCGAGGUGUGCUUCGAAGUGUGGAGCAGAGGAAGGACUAACCAGUAUGUUUUCACGUCGUACUCCAUUGUGUUGUAGCUGCACUGAUUAGUUACCAACUGUGAUGAAUUUUAUCGUUUCCGGCGUGGCUCUGAAUGCAACACCAGAGUUGCUGUCUCAGAAAUAUCAACUAACCUUUAUUCCUUCAGUGGUUUGCUGGUGUGGUGCUUUACAUCGGUGCUCAAUUACCAUAAUCACCAACCCAAACAACCUCAAGUAUAGGACUGCUCUGCACACAAAUGUUGGUUAUUUCAUUCCAGAAGGUGGACAUUGAUCAUUUUGAUUGUAAUCUUCUUCAAUCAUCUCUGCAUUGUAGUGAAUGUAGGCGACUCAACAGUAAUGUACUACAGCUAGAACCGAUUAGCUACCUGUUGUUGUUUUUUUCCAUAGUCUGUGCUACACAUGAAUGACACCUGCUGACUGCAGUGAAGGAACGACUUCUAAUCCUGAGGUCUUAAAAGCAAAUGUAUCCUACAAAUCCUACAAAAUAAGAUGCCUGCUCUUACAAAGUGAUUGUUGGUGCAAGUAAAACUGUCAUUGAAGCUAAUGCCUAUCUCGGAAUAUAUGUUUGUAACAAGUCACAUAAAUGUGCAUUUCAGAAAUCAUGGGCAUUCAAGUCGAACUCUUAUUUUGAAAGGGAUCCGGAGGUAAAAUAUUUUAGGUUUCUAGGCUAGGAAAGAUUCGUACGAACAGUAUUCAGCGUCUGUGCAUGAAAAGUAUCUAAAUGUUCUUACAGUGAAUGAUCUCCCACUACAUCCCAUUCUCGAUUGUAUUUUUUCCAUCGUUUUUGUGAGAAACUUUUUCUACCUAACUUAUUUCUAGCUUUGCAUUCUUUUUAUGUCCAGGACUGCUGAGGGAGGCCCGACCAGCGGUUUGUUCGUAAAGGAUUUAUUUAUACUUUUUUUUUUUUUUUCAUAGAGAAAUCAUGAGACAACCACUGACGUGCAGAACUUUGUAAUGUUUGCCACUCAACGUCUAGCAUUUCAGGGCAUCACAGGUCAAGGCGCCUUUCUUUGAUGUGUGUUUUCUUAUGAUCAAAUGUGGAAGUUAAAAAAAAAAAAAAGACACCUGUAACUUAAAUGUUCAUGGGAACAGAACCUGAUAUUUGUCUUCUCCUCUCAGUUUGUACAUAAGGAUGUGUUCAUUGAAAUUUAUGUACAGUCUUUUUGUAAUAAACAGCUCAUUGAAACAAAUGA